CCCAGCCGCUGGGUUCCCAGAGUGCUCCGCGGCCGUGUGGAGCGAGGCCUUGUUCCCGCGUUGAGCCGCCGCUGCCGCCGCCUCCUCCUCAGCUUCAGCCUCCGCGCCAGGCCCGGCCCCGCCGCGCCAUGUCGGACUACAGCACGGGAGGACCCCCGCCCGGGCCGCCGCCACCUGCCGGCGGGGGCGGGGGAUCCGGAGGAGCCGGGGGCGCCGGGGGAGGCCCUCCGCCGGGCCCGCCGGGCGCGGGGGACCGGGGUGGCGGCGGCCCUGGAGGCGGCGGCCCGGGCGGGGGGUCGGCCGGGGGCCCCUCGCAGCCGCCUGGCGGGGGCGGCCCGGGGAUCCGCAAGGACGCCUUCGCCGACGCGGUGCAGCGGGCCCGCCAGAUCGCAGCCAAAAUUGGAGGCGAUGCUGCUACAACAGUGAAUAACAGCACUCCUGAUUUUGGUUUUGGGGGCCAAAAGAGGCAGUUAGAAGAUGGAGACCAACCAGAAAGCAAGAAAUUGGCUUCCCAAGGAGACUCCAUCAGUUCUCAGCUCGGACCCAUCCAUCCUCCCCCCAGGACUUCAAUGACAGAAGAGUACAGGGUUCCAGACGGCAUGGUGGGACUAAUCAUUGGCAGAGGAGGCGAACAGAUUAACAAAAUCCAACAGGAUUCAGGCUGCAAAGUGCAGAUCUCUCCAGACAGCGGCGGCCUACCUGAGCGCAGUGUGUCCUUGACAGGAGCCCCAGAAUCUGUACAGAAAGCGAAGAUGAUGCUGGAUGACAUUGUGUCUCGGGGUCGUGGGGGCCCCCCAGGACAGUUCCAUGACAAUGCCAACGGGGGCCAGAAUGGCACAGUGCAGGAGAUCAUGAUCCCUGCAGGGAAGGCUGGCUUGGUCAUCGGCAAAGGCGGAGAGACGAUUAAGCAGCUGCAGGAACGGGCUGGAGUGAAGAUGAUUUUAAUCCAAGAUGGUUCCCAGAACACAAAUGUGGACAAACCACUCCGGAUCAUCGGAGAUCCUUACAAAGUGCAGCAAGCCUGCGAGAUGGUGAUGGACAUCCUUCGGGAGCGUGACCAGGGAGGCUUUGGGGACCGGAACGAGUAUGGAUCCCGGAUCGGUGGGGGUAUCGAUGUGCCAGUGCCCAGGCAUUCUGUGGGUGUGGUCAUUGGUCGGAGCGGAGAGAUGAUCAAGAAGAUCCAGAAUGACGCCGGUGUACGAAUACAGUUUAAACAAGAUGACGGGACGGGUCCUGAGAAGAUAGCUCACAUAAUGGGGCCCCCAGACCGGUGUGAGCACGCCGCACGGAUCAUCAAUGAUCUCCUCCAAAGCCUCAGGAGCGGUCCCCCAGGCCCUCCAGGGGGUCCUGGCAUGCCCCCCGGAGGCCGAGGUCGAGGCAGGGGCCAAGGCAAUUGGGGGCCCCCUGGUGGGGAGAUGACCUUCUCCAUCCCCACUCACAAGUGCGGGCUGGUCAUCGGCCGAGGUGGCGAGAACGUGAAAGCCAUAAACCAGCAGACUGGCGCCUUUGUAGAGAUCUCCCGACAGCUGCCACCCAAUGGGGACCCCAACUUCAAACUCUUCAUCAUCCGGGGCUCUCCCCAGCAGAUUGACCACGCCAAGCAACUCAUUGAGGAGAAAAUUGAGGGUCCCCUCUGCCCAGUCGGACCAGGCCCCGGGGGACCAGGCCCUGCUGGCCCCAUGGGGCCUUUCAACCCCGGGCCCUUCAAUCAAGGGCCACCUGGGGCACCCCCUCAUGCCGGAGGUCCCCCUCCUCACCAGUACCCACCCCAGGGCUGGGGCAACACCUACCCCCAGUGGCAACCACCUGCUCCUCAUGACCCAAAUAAAGCUGCAGCAGCUGCCGCAGACCCCAAUGCUGCCUGGGCCGCCUACUAUUCACACUACUACCAGCAGCCCCCAGGCCCUGUGCCAGGCCCUGCACCGGCCCCCGCGGCCCCCCCCACCCAGGGUGAGCCUCCUCAGCCCCCACCUGCUGGCCAAUCAGACUACACUAAGGCCUGGGAAGAGUAUUACAAAAAGAUUGGCCAGCAGCCCCAGCAGCCUGGAGCGCCCCCACAGCAGGACUACACAAAGGCCUGGGAAGAGUACUACAAGAAGCAGGCUCAAGUGGCCACCGGAGGGGGUCCGGGAGCACCCCCCGGCUCCCAGCCAGACUACAGCGCCGCCUGGGCGGAAUAUUACAGACAGCAAGCCGCUUACUACGGACAGACUCCAGGUCCUGGCGGCCCCCAGCCUCCACCCACACAGCAGGGACAGCAGCAGGCUCAAUGAAUCGAAUGAAUGUGAACUUCUUCAUCUGUGAAAAUCUUUAUUAUUUUUUUUCCAUUUUGUUCUGUUUGGGGGCUUUUUUUGUUUGGGUUUUUUUUUUUUUUUUUUCUGUUUGUCGAGAGAGCGAUGGCUGCCAAGGGGGGUGCCGGGGGAGCCCUCACUGUGAGUGGCUUGCAGGUCAUGGCACGGGCUAUGCCAGGCUCUCGCUCUCUCGCUCAUUCUGUGUGUCUCACAUGCUUUUUUUCUUUCAAAAUUGGGAUCCUUCAUGUUGAGCCAGCCAUAGAAGAUAGCGAGAACUAAAUCUCUGCAAAAAAAAUUAAAAAAUAAAAAAAAUUAAAAAUAAAAAAGCAAAACCUAUAAAAUUAUAUAUAUAUAUUAAAAAAAAAAUCUAUCGCCCUCCUCUCCCCUAGCCUUCCUGAAACUGCCUCUUUUCAGGAAAAAGCAAUUCAUUCACUCCCUACUACCAUCCUUGGCCCUCUUCAUGUUUUUAAAAUAAACUUUUAAAAAGGAAAAAAGUCAUUCUUGCUAUUUCUUUUUUUUUUAGUUAGAGUUGGAACAUUCCUUGGACCAGGUAUUGAUAUUGCAGGAAAAAACUGCCCCUGCCCCACACCAGGCAGCCCCUCGGCCUCUCUGCUCCUCCUCUCGCUCUCCUUCCGCCCCAGCUCAGCUCUCUUCCCCCCGCCCCGCCCACCCUGCGGUUCCUCCCGCCCCCGACCCCCAGGACUGGUCUGUCGUGUUUCAUCUGUUCAAGAGGACAUUGAAACUGAAAACAAAUUGAGAACAAAACAAAAAAUUGUAUGGCAGUUUUUACUUUUUAUCGCUCGUUUUUAACUUCACAAAUAAAUGAUAACAAAACCUC